GAGAGACAAACAGGCGAACAAGGAGGGAGGAGGAGUGUAGGACCAGAGAAGGACUCUAGGAAACUACAGAAAAACUCUCUGAAAGAGACUUUUUGUUUUCUUUAUUAUGGCAACGUCUUAGUGUCAUGUGCAUAUGCACAACAACUCGAGAGAGCACUCCAACCCUGUGCAUUUGUUUUGAAUGGGAAAGUAGCGGGAACGACCAGGCUGCACACAUUUCUGCUAAGGUGGCGGUAGGGCACGGAUAAGCUGUAAAACUAAACAGCAGAGAGAAGCAGCAGCUGACCUCACCUCGGACUCAACAACAACUACCGCCAGUGGUGAAGAUGGCGGCGCAAACAUCCCGCGGGGUCCCGCUGAGCACGCUUUCUCCCAAGUUUCUUCAUACAAAUUCCACCAGCCACACCGGGCCCUUCAGCGCCAUAGCCGAGCUCAUCGAUAAUGCCUACGAUCCAGAUGUCAGCGCCAAACAGUUCUGGAUUGAUAAGACUGUGGUCAACGGGAAAGAAUGUCUCAGCUUUAUGGAUAAUGGAUAUGGACUGGACCAUGACACAAUGCAUAAGAUGCUCAGCUUUGGGUACAGCGACAAGCCCGCUGUAAAUGGUGUGCAGCCAAUUGGUAUCUAUGGAAACGGUUUCAAGUCGGGAUCAAUGCGUCUUGGCAAAGACGCCAUCGUCUUCUCAAAGUCAAAGAGCAUCUUCUGUGUCGGGAUGCUCUCUCAGACCUACCUGCAAGAGAUUAACGCUCAGCAAAUAAGUGUACCGAUUGUCUGCUUUGAACAGGGAGAGACAAACAAGUUCAGUGUAAGAGAGAAGCACAAAACCAGCCUGCAGGACAUCUUGCACCAUUCCCCUUUCAAGACGCAGGAAGAACUGCUCCUCGAGAUCGACGCCAUCAGUUCCUCCAACACGGGGAAAACUGGAACACGGAUCAUCAUCUGGAACCUCCGCCGCACAUCUACUGGAACGUCGGAGUUUGAUUUCGAAAAGGACCGUUACGAUAUCCAAAUUCCAUCUUAUCUCUACGAGACGUUGAAUGACAAACCUCAACAAGCGAGGGUCACGUCGUACAUCCCUGAGAGUGUUUACUCGCUGCGGGCGUACUGCAGUAUUCUCUACCUGAAGCCUCGGAUGCAGAUCAUCAUACGUGGCGUCAAGGUGAAAUCUCAGCUCAUCACAAAGAGUCUGGCCUUCGUCCAAAAGGACAGCUACAAGCCCAAUUUCCUGAACAAACCCAUUCGUAUCACUUUUGGUUAUAACACCAAAAGCAAAGACCAGUAUGGCGUCAUGAUGUAUCACAAGAACCGGCUCAUCAAAGCCUACGAACGCGUCGGCUGCCAGCUUAGGGCCGACAGAAAAGGUGUUGGGGUCAUUGGGGUCAUAGAGUGUAACUUUCUGGAUCCUACUCACAACAAACAGAGCUUUAACGAGACAGAUAAGUACAGGAGAACGAUGAACAGUUUAGGGACCAAACUGGAGGAUUACUGGCAGGAAAUACGGCACAAGCGAAGCAGAGAGAAUCCAGACAGCUUACCAGUGGAAGACGCCAUGAAGCGACCAGAUCAAAACUGGGUGCAGUGUGAUGAGUGUUUGAAAUGGCGCAAACUCCCUGAUGGGAUUGACUGCAGCAAGCUGCCAGAUAAAUGGUUCUGCCGUUUGAACCCUGAUCCUCAGUUCAGGACCUGUCAAAUAGAGCAGGAGCCCGUGGACUCCGAUGAUGAGAUGCGACCUUCAUACCGCAAGACCUUUAAAGUACAAGAGAGGGAAGACAGAAAGAAUCAAGAGAUGAAAAGACAAAAGGCUGAGGAGGAGCGAAAGCGACUUGAGGAGGAGCGCGUGGCUAAACUCGCCAGGCAAAACGAGGCUCUGAAACGGAAGCAUGAAAACCUGAAACGGCAACUGCGUCAAAAACCUGCACCCCCUUCCCCUUCCACCCCCACCACUCCAAGGAGCAGGUUUAGCACACCAAAUGGAGUCGCCGUGAGGGAAUCCCCCACCAUUUUACAAGCUGCUUGCAGCCCAUCCAGCAGCAGUGGUCUUCCAGUUAUCUCUAACGUAUGCUCGCUGUCACAGAGUCCCAUCAGGGGGAAAAGAACGCAGCCUGAUACUCCACAAAGUACGCCCAAAAGACCUAAGGUGAACGGUUUCCACUUGGGAUCCAAAUAUACACCCACAUCAGUGGAUGUGAGCCCAGUGAGCUCCCCAUUAGUGCCUGUUGUUGAUGAUGAUGAUGGUGAUGAUGAUGAUGAUGAUGAUGAUGAUGAUGAUGAUGAUGAUAUUGUCAUCUUGGAGACUGUCAGUACCCCCAAACCACAAAAGCCAGCCUUUGAUCUGAAUAAAGUGAAGAAAGAAGAAGAGAGAACUGACGACGGCAUGCUGAUGGAGUGCAGCGAUGACGGUGCUCCGGAUGUUUCGUCAGACACGAGGUCUGCAGCGUCGGCAACUGGGGGAACUAGUCGCUCUCCAGAACCCACCACAGAGGCGACCAGCACCCAGACAGAAGUACUCAUUGUGAAGAAAGAAGAGGAGGACCCAAGUCAAACUGAAAGGGAGGAGAGUGUUGAAGAGCAGAGUUCAGGUGUGAACUGUGUUGAGCAAGGAGAUGUUAAGCAAGAGAGCGACGGAGUUGCUCACAGUGCCAAUGAAGGAACCGCACACCUGGAUAGCGGAGACAAUGCUGGACCUUUCUGUGCAGAUAUCACGAGAGACUCUCCUCACCAGGCGAGUAUGAUGGAGGUACAGGAACAGCAAGACCAGCUGGUAGAGCUGAUGCAGGCUAUAGCUCAGGAAAGAGACACCAUUAAAGAGCAGGUCCAGAAACUUACAAGUCAGCUGCGAGAUGCGCAUAGCAGACUGCAGGAGAUCAACGUGAAGAAGGAGUGUUCACACCAGGCCAGCCAGACGGAGGAAACGGAGGAAGAGAAGGACUACAAAAGUCUGUUUGAGAAGGCCAAACAGAAAAUAGAUGAAUUGAUUAAGGACAAAGAGGCUUUACUGGCGAACGCUGAGACCAAACCAAGUGAUGCCCGACGUGAGGACCUUGAUGAGAUUGCACUGCAAGUUGACUGUCUGCUCCGGGAACUGGAUCAAAGGAACAAUGAGAGGGAUGAACUGCGUUUGAAGUUGGACAGUCUGGAGGAGGAAAGGGCGAACCUGGCAUCCCAGUGUGAAGAGCUCCGGUUGAGCCUGCAGCAGCUGCAGCAGCAGCAGAGAGAAAAAGCACAAGAGGAGAGCACAAGACAACAGAAAAUCACUGACUCAUCUGCACAAACGGAUCCAGAGGAGGUUGGAGGGACAUCUGCGUCUGGCACAGACUCAAUCUCAGAUAGAUCCAGUUUGGUUGAGCUCCGGCACAACAUCGGGCGCCUUCUCGUCUACCACGUGCCUGCUCUGGACCUGGACCAAGUGAAUUUCGAGUGUAAUGUAAUUGAUGAGAUCCUAGAACAAGUGCUUCUGGAUGAGGAGACGAUUGCUACUGUAGUGAAGAACAGAGCAAGAAAUAAAUAAAUAUUUCCUGUGUAGCAUCAACUGAUAAAUAAUGAUUUGAGAUUUCUAUGAAUGUGGGACCUUAAUUCAUAUUUAUUUAAAACUGUGUACAGAUUUUAUACUGAUAUAUAACAAAUGUAAUACACUGUCUGCACUGUUUCUUCAUGGUUACUGAGAAAAAAUGUCAACAAUACAAUCACAGCGAAUAUAAAUGAAUGUUUUAGGCCGUUAACUUUACUUUAAAAUCAUUGAAGUAUUAAUCUUUUAACCAAACAAACAGCAAAACAAUUGUGUCGUAGUAACUCUGCAUUUGAUUCUGUUCCUCUUUCACACUGACAGCCGACUGUUUCCAUCAAAGCUUAUUUUGUAUCUAUUCUGUCAAAUAUAGUUUUAUACUUCCUGACUUUUGUCCUGUAAAUAAAUGUUUUAAGGAAAAUUA